UGGUCUUUAUUCUUAUAAUACGCAGCCUCUUCAAAAGAGAGGGGCAGCAAUAAGAGAAAAAAGAGCAGAAGAAAAAAAACACGAGAGAGAUUCAUAAGUGAGAACAACCUGAAGAGAAGAGAAGAAGACACGAAGGAAAAGAAGAACAACCAAAAGGCCCCUGAUGUGUGAAACUGUGUGAUCCUGAUUUAAGUCCCACAGGUGAGGUUAUCACAAUGCAAUAAACUUUCACUUUCACUUUCUUCCAUCCAAACACACUCUGCUCCACUCACGGAUCUCUAUCCAGAUCCGCCACUCAGGGUCACUGAAAAUGACAAAGCUUAGUUCAAGUUGCAGCACUGGUUAUGUUUUGGCUCAUUACAGGAUUCCACUUCCCCUUCUUCUCUUAUCACAAUUCUUCUUUCAACUUUCAUGGUGUGGCUCCACAGUUAAGUUCCUUCCUGGAUUCGAGGGACCUCUUCCUUUUGUUCUUGAAACCGGAUAUGUGGGAGUGGGUGAAUCAGAGGAUGUGCAGGCAUUCUACUACUUCAUUGAGUCAGAGAACAAUCCAAAGGACGAUCCUCUCAUGCUUUGGCUCACUGGUGGCCCUGGUUGUUCAGCCCUCUCUGGUCUUGUCUCUGAAAUAGGUCCACUUGGUUUUAAACAUGAAGAGUAUAAUGGAAGCCUCCCAAAUUUGUUCUUGAGGCCACACUCAUGGACAAAGGUUAGUAGCAUUAUAUUCGUAGACUUGCCUGUUUCUACAGGCUUCACUUAUGCCACCACAAAGUCGGCUACUCAACGAAGUGAUUCCACACUAGUUCUCCAAGUCCAUCAAUUUCUUAGGAAGUGGUUGGUUGAUCAUCCAAAUUUUUUGACAAAUGAAGUUUACAUUGGUGGCGAUUCAUAUUCUGGAAUUCCUGUUCCGGCAGUGGUUCAAGAAAUUUUCCGAGGAAAUCAGAAAGGCGUUCAACCAUGGAUAAAUCUCCAGGGUUACCUGCUAGGGAAUGCACUAACAACUCGAAGAGAAGAGAACUAUCAAAUUCCCUUUUCUCACGGAAUGGCACUUAUAUCUGAUGAACUAUACGAGUCACUGCAAAAACAUUGUAAAGGAGAGUACAUAAAUGUAGACACCAGAAAUGCAUUAUGUUCCAGAGAUAUGGCGUCAUUUGACGCGGCUAUAUCAGGAAUUUCAGACACGUAUAUUUUGGAGCCAAAGUGCGAAUGGCUUGAUACGGACACAUCUCAGAGGAUAUCACUAAUUAAGAAAUAUCCCGCCAACAAGCUCUCAGAUACUCAUCUCAAUUUGCCACCCUUAAGCUGUGGAACUUAUGUAUACUUCCUCUGCGGUUUUUGGGCCAAUGAUGACAAUGUUCGCAGUGCACUGCAUAUCCGCAAGGGAAGUAUAGGAAAAUGGCGUCGGUGUACCUUGGAUAUACCUCACGAUAUGGAUAUUCCAGAAAGCUAUGGGUAUCAUGUAAACCUUAGUAGAAAAGGUUAUCGUUCACUGAUAUACAGUGGCGACCAUGACAUGAAAAUAGCUUUCUUGGCAACUCAGGCAUGGAUAAGAUCUUUGAACUACUCCAUCGUAGAUGAUUGGAGGCAAUGGUAUACAGAUGGCCAAGUUGCAGGAUACACAAGAACUUACUCCAAUCGUAUGACAUUUGCAACUGUGAAGGGUGGAAGCCACAUAGCUCCAGAGUCCAAUCCUAAAGAAUGCUUUGCUAUGUUCAGUAGAUGGUUAUCUAAGAGGCCUUUGUAGGAACAACCAAACUAGGUCAUCUACUAUGAGAGGCAAUCCUCGAGGUAGAUUUAUCUUUGUCAACCAAAUAAAGAUAGUUAUUAUCUUUCUAAAGACACCUUGCAAAUCCUACAAUUGGUAUUUGAAUAAUCGGAUAUUAAAGAUAUCAAGGAUGUGCCAAGUUAAAAGUGAUCACAUUGUAUUAAACAUUGUAUUAAAGUAUUUUUAUUGUUAUGUAUGUGAAAGAUUACAAGAACCUUAAUAUGUAGUAAUUUUAAUCCACAAUAGACAAAAUAGAAAUACAAAAGAACAAUCUCAUCUAUUGAUGAAUAGGUUUGGACCCUAUUUUUUAUUUUAUCGACAAUUGUUAGAUAUUAAUUUUUUGUUAAUGGAGAAGUUGAAUCCACGAUCUCUCUUAUCCUCUGAUA